AUGUCCCUUGAGUGCACGCAGGCGGCGGGCACCGGGCCCCCUCGAAGCCUAGAGCGGUCCAACCGCACCCGCUUCCCCUUCUUCUCUGACAUCAAGGGGGACCACCGGCUGGUGCUGAGCACCGUGGAGACCGUCGUGCUGGCGCUCAUCUUUGUCGUGUCGCUGCUAGCCAAUGUGUGCGCUUUGGUGCUGGUGGUGCGCCGACGGCGCCAUGGCACCACUGUCUGCCUUGUGAUCAACCUUUUCUGCGCGGACUUGCUCUUCACCAGCGCCAUCCCGCCGGUGCUGGCCGUGCGCUGGACCGAGGCCUGGCUGCUGGGCCCGGUCGCCUGCCACCUGCUCUUCUACAUGAUGAGCCUGAGCGGCAGCGUUACCAUGCUCACGCUGGCAGCCGUCAGCCUGGAGCGCAUGGUGUGCAUCGCACGCCUGCAGCGCGGCGUGCGGGGCCCGGGGCGGCGGGCGCGGGCCGGGCUGCUCACGUUCAUCUGGGUCUACUCGGCGCUCGCCGCGCUGCCCCUCUGCAUCUUCUUCCACGUCAUCCCGCAGCGGCUCCCCGGCGCCGAGCAGGAAAUUUCGAUUUGCACACUGGUGUGGCCCAGCAUUGCCGGAGAGAUCUCCUGGGAUGUGUCAUUUGUUACUUUGAACUUCCUGGUGCCAGGACUGCUCAUUGUGAUCAGUUACUCCAAAAUUUUACAGAUCACAAAGGCAUCAAGGAAAAGGCUCACGGUGAGCCUGGCUUACUCGGAGAGCCACCAGAUCCGCGUGUCCCGGCAGGACUUCCGGCUCUUCCGUGCCCUCUUCCUGCUCAUGGUCUCCUUCUUCAUCAUGUGGAGCCCCAUCAUCAUCACCAUCCUCCUCAUCUUGAUCCAGAACUUCAAGCAAGACCUGGUCAUCUGGCCGCCCGUCUUCUUCUGGGUGGUGGCCUUCACGUUCGCCAACUCGGCCGUAAACCCCAUUCUCUACAACAUGUCACUGUUUAGGAACGAAUGGAGGAAAAAUUUUCGCUGCUUCUUGUUCUCAGAAAAGGGAGCGAUGUUUACAGACACGUCUGUCAGAAAAAAUGAUUUGUCCAUUAUUUCCAGCUAACUAAUUUUUCUCUAUAGGCAGAGUUUGUCACUCUCCGGCAAGCCAUGGCAUGUUUUCAAAGCAAGUUAAUUUCCAGGACCAUCACACCAGUGCACCCUGCUUCAAGAAAAUGUAACCUAUGCAGAUACACAUUUACAGCACCAUCAAAUUAAGGGAUGAUCAUUCAGUAUAACAAUUUUAUCCUUUCUAAAAGGAUUUG